AUGGGACGUGGAAUUUUGGAAUACCAUCAAAACAAAUUUGCACUGCCCGAGAGUAGCUAUGGCAAUCGUGUCAUGCUAACAACUCGAAGAGCUGAUGUAGCCUCUGCCUCUUGCAUUGAAUCUCGGGGUCUUGUCUACAGAAUGGAGCCACUCUCUGUAAAGGAUUCGAGGACCCUGUUUUGCAACAAGAUCUUUAACGGUGGUAAUUGCCCUGGCCAUUUGAUGGAUGUUGCCAAAGGUAUAUUGGACAAAUGUGAGGGCUUGCCCCUUGCAAUCCUUGCAAUCAGUGGGCUUUUGGCUUCGAAAGAUGUAAACAGAAUAGGCGAAUGGGAGAUGGUUCGACGCAGCCUUGGGGGUGAAUUAGAAGGCACGGGUAAGCUGGACAGAGUUAAAAAGAUACUUUCUCUCAGUUAUAGCGACCUGCCUUGGCAUCUCAAGAUAUGUCUGUUGUACACAAGCAUUUAUCCAGAGGAUUACAAAAUAGGGUGCCUAAGACUUGUUAACUUAUGGAUUGCUGAGAGGUUUGUAGAAUGGAGAGAAGGAAUCAAUAUUGAAGAUGUAGCCUGGGGUUAUUUUAGCGAACUCGUCAAUAGAAGCCUCAUUCAAGUGACUAGUGUGUUUUAUGAAGGAAUACCCGGAUAUUGUCGAAUCCAUGACCUAUUGCGAGAAAUUGUCGUUUCCAAGUCAAGAGAAGAAAAUAUGGUCACAAUUACUACUGGACAACCAACAAGGUGGCCGUCCGAGAAGGUACGCCGUCUAAUAGUCCAUAGUAGUAGUAACAAUGCCCAGCAAAGACCAAAUUAUUGCUUUGACCACCUUCAGUCGUUCGUUACAAUUGGAUCGAAAAACCCACUCCUGUCCAGAAUGUUGUUAUCUGAUGUUUUAAGGAGUAGCAAGUUGUUAAAGGUUUUGGAUUUGAGAGGUCAAAAGAAACAGAAGGAAAUACCAAAUGAGAUUUUCAAGAUGUUUCAUCUCAAGCAUCUGGACCUAUAUGGUACAGGAGUGGAGAGAGUCCCAAAAGGCAUUGGGAAGCUUCAACACUUGGAGUAUCUGAAUUUGGGAAAAACCGGAGUUAGGGAAUUACCCAUGGAAAUCCUAAAGCUGCAAAAACUUCGGUUUCUCAAAGUAUAUCAACAAGUUGAUCCUUCAGAUGAUAAUUAUGGAUUUCAUGGAUUUAAAGCUCCAUCGAAUAUUGGAGGGCUUCUUGCCCUAGAAAUAUUAAGUUUCAUAGAUGCUAGUAGUGGAUAUAUAAUCAUUAAAGAAAUAGGAAAGCUGGCCCAAUUAAGAGAAUUACGUAUUACUAAGUUAAGAAGAGAAGAUGGAAAAGAGCUCCACUACUCCCUUGCCAAACUCACCAAUCUUCAGGUAUUAAGCGUUGAAUCAAUUGGAAAAGGUAAUGAUCAUGAGAUAAUCGAUCUAAAUCAUCAUCAUCAUCCUUCUUCUUCUUCUUCGUUUCUUCAAUCUCUUCGUAUGCUGAUUUUGCGUGGCUGCUUAGAAAAGAUGCCACAAUGGGUAGCUCAUCUUAGAGGCUUGAUAAGAAUAGAUUUGAAUUGGAGUAGGUUAAGGGGUGAGGAGGAUCCGCUUGAAUCCCUCCAACAUUUGCCCAAUUUGGGUGAAAUUAAUUUCUGUGGAUCUUACCAGGGAGAAGGGUUGUGUUUCAAGGCUGGAGGGUUCCUAAAUCUGAAGUGGAUGCACUUAAGGAGAAUGGAAGGGUUGAGAUGGAUGAGAGUGGAGGAGGGUGCAUUGCCUCGUCUCCAAAAACUAUUUCUGCAACAACUUCCAUUACUAGAGGAGUUACCAUUGGGUAUUCAGCACUUGAGGCAUCUUCAACGGCUGUCUUUGUAUGAGAUGAGUUCUCAAUUGAGAGAGAAGUUGUUAGAGAAUCAGAAGGAAGAAAGUGAAGAUUACACAAGAAUCGCACACAUUCCUGAAAUUCUCAUUGGUUACUAUACGGAUGAUAGGAAAUGGAGAGACUGCUGGCUGUGGGAGGAGAAGAAAACACAGCAGCCGCCGUGGCUUCCCGUUCUCUAG